AUGACCACCAUGACCAACAUCCCCCUCCUCAUCAACGGCCAAGAAGAACACACCCCAACCACCUUCUCCGUAAUCAGCCCCUACACCAACAAACAAUGCUGGACCUCCUCCUCCGCCACCCCGCAAGACGCCAUUCGCGCCGUCAAAGCAGCCGACGCGGUCUUCCCCGCCUGGUCCCAGACCAAACCCACCGUCAGACGUGAUGUCCUCCUCAGGGCGGCCGAUCUCCUGGAGCAGCGCCUCGAGCAAAAUGCCGAGUACAUGCGUACCGAGAUGGGCGCUGACGUCGGUGCUUCGCAAGGUUUCGUCGUCCCGCUGGCUAUUCGCAUGUUGCGCGAUGUUGCGGGGCGCAUUACCUCUAUCUGUGGAAGUGUUCCUGUCGUUGAGACGGAGGGGCAGAGGGCGAUGGUAUUUAAGGAGGCUAUGGGUGUGAUUUUGGGGAUUGUUCCUUGGAACGCCCCCUACGUCUUCGGCAUCCGCAGUGCCGCCUGCGCCCUCGCAGCAGGAAACACAACAAUCCUGAAAUCCUCCGAACUAACCCCACGCUGCUACUGGGCCAUUGGCCGCGCCUUCGAAGACGCCGGUCUCCCAGCCGGAUGUCUAAAUAUUCUACACUGCCAACCAUCCGAUGCCGCCGACGUCGUCAACGCCAUGAUCGAGCACCCCGCCGUCCGCAAGAUAAACUUCACCGGCAGCACGGCCGUCGGUCGCAAGAUCGCCAGGUCCUGCGGACAGAAUCUCAAGCCUUGUCUUAUGGAGUUGGGUGGGAAGAAUAGUUCAAUUGUGUGUCAGGAUGCGGAUUUGGAGACUGCUGUUCAGGGUGUUUUGGCUGGUGCUUUUUUGAAUUCCGGCCAAAUCUGCAUGGCAACCGACCGAAUCCUAGUCCACACCUCAAUCGCAAACACAUUCAUAGCCGCCCUCCAAAAAGCCCUCAACAGCACCACAGACCUAAACCCAACAACCCUCCCACCAACUCUCGUCAACACAGCCUCAAAAACACGCGUGCAGACCCUCGUCUCCGACGCAAUCGCAGCAGGCGCACACUUCAUCUCCGGAUCCAGUCCCGCAGACGUAGACGCGACCUUACCCGCUGGGUGCGGGGUGCGCAUGGCGCCAGUCAUUCUGGGCGGAGUGAAGGAGGAAAUGCCCGUGUGGCAGGAGGAGGCAUUUGCGUCUGUUGCGGCGUUUAUGACGUUUGAGAGUGAGGAGGAGGCGGUUCGAUUGGCGAAUGGGAGUGGGUAUGGGCUUUCGGCGUCGGUUUUUACGGAGGAUCUUAGGAGGGGGCUUUCUUUGGCGAGGAGGAUUCAAUCUGGGGCGGUCCACAUUAAUAGUAUGAGUAUUCAUGAUGAGCCGGUGCUGCCGCAUGGUGGAGUGAAGAAUAGUGGUUGGGGACGGUUUAAUGCGGAGGAGGGAUUGAAUGAGUUUUUGACGACGAAGAGUGUGACUUGGAUGGAUUAG